UUGCUUGUGGACAUGUGGCACACGGAACUAAGAGAGCGACUCAAGCUGAUCUCAGAGAUGUCAGCUAAACCGGAGAAGUGUUAUAACCCCCGCGACUCCACACUUAAAUUUACGGAUAAAGAAGAUGAGUUGGACUUUUUGUGCGAAGGGUUCAAGUCUCGAAGGGCCCUGAUGUCCUGUGGCCACGCUGUGACCCCGAUGUCUCUGACCAACUGGUGCCGCAGGCAGCUGGACCAGGGUGAAAGCAGAUUCAGGUGUGCCCAGGUUGGGUGUCCAGCAGUGUGGCCUUACACGGAGGUUCGUCGGAUGGCUCUUCUGACCACGGAAGAAAUGAAUUACUUUGAAAGAAACAUAGCUCUCAAUGCCACCAAGGAUAAAUUUGAUACCAAAUUAUGUCCUGGAUGCAAAUCUUCUGUGGUGAGAAAGAAUGAAUCCAAUCUGAGCGUCCGCUGCACGGUGUGCUCAACAAAGACAAAGCGGACCUACGAAUUCUGCUGGCAGUGUCUGAGGGAGUGGAAGGGUCCACGCCCACGGUCAGACCGCUGUGACAACGUCGACUGCUGCAACGACACGUUAAGAAUACUGAAGACCUGUCCAGAUAUCGUCUUCGAGUCUGUGAAAGAUGUGUCCGGCUGUCCCUCCAUCCGCGCCUGUCCCACCUGCGGGACACUGGCGGAGCACAACAAAACAAGAUGUAAGAACAUCGUCUGUCCCCGAUGCAAAGUGGAGUUUUGUUUUGUGUGCCUGAAGCUGAAAAGAGAGUGUUUGAAAACAAGUGACUAUUUCACAAAAUGCUCCAGUGGUGUUGCCCCUAGACAGACCUCUAUACCUGAGUGGCAGAAGAAAUAAUGUAAACGACACCAGACUCUAAGUUCUCUGGUUGUUUUUGAUGUAAGAAUGUCUUUUCUCAAGUAAUACCAGCGUGUCUUUGCUGUAUUUUCCAUGUUUGUCUGAUUUUGAUGAUUUGAAAUCCUGUGUCUUCAUGUCGGACUGUGUGAGUCCGACACACAGCAGACUGUGUUCUCCUAAUAAAACUUUGUUGUUUUUA